AUGAUGAAUAGUACCAUGGAGUGUAUAAAUUCAAUUGGCUCUGAACCACCGAUGUUGAAGAAAUCGGAAAAUGAUCCACGGGAAUAUAAAGUAAUGCUUUUGCGCAAUAGGAUGAAAGUGCUUCUGAUAAGUGAUCCGAAUGCAGAUAAGUCUGCAGCCUGUUUAUCUGUCAACAUCGGUUCACUUUCAGAUCCGAAAGAACUACCUGGUCUUGCCCACUUUUGUGAACAUAUGCUGUUUCUUGGUACAGGGUUGUUUCCCAUAGAAAAUACAUAUUCAAAGUACAUAUCUGAACAUGGUGGUCACUUCAAUGCAGCUACAAAACCAGAUGAAACUACUUUUGUCUUUGAUAUUGCCCCUGAAAAUCUGAAUGAGGUUCUGGAUAUCUUUUCCCAAUUUUUUGUCUGCCCACUUUUUACAGAAUCUGCAACAGAACGGGAGGUUAAUGCUGUACAGUCAGAACAUGAGAAGAAUAUAAGUAAUGAUACUAGACGUCUUUUUCAACUAGAGAGAAGUUUAUCUAAGAGUGAUCAUGACUAUGCGAAAUUCUUCUCCGGCAAUCGAUAUUCUCUAUUUGAGUCAAGUAGUGCACAAUCUGUAAAUACACGUGAACAACUGUUACAAUUUCACUCAACAUGGUAUUCAGCAAAUAUUAUGGGAUUAGUUAUUCUUGGAAAAGAGUCCAUAGAUGAACUUCAAAAGUUUGCGGAGAAAAAGUUUUCUGAAGUUGUUGAUCGCAAUGUUGUCCAACCAUCUUGGAAUGAAACUCCAUGGCCAGAUAUAUGUUUGAAGAAAAAGGUAUUUGUUGUCCCUGUACAUGAUGUUCAUCAAAUGCAUAUUAUGUGGCCAAUCCCUGACUAUUUGCCAAAUUAUAAAGCUCAGGCACCUAGCUAUGUGACACAUUUACUUGGACAUGAGAGUUGUGGCAGUUUACUCAGCUUAUUUAAAAAAUUAGGUUGGGCUAGUCGAUUGACUUGUGGCGUUAGUAGACCAGGAGCAGGGAUCUCCUGUCUUAUUAUAUCUAUUGACUUAACUUUAAAAGGUCUUGAAAAUACUGAUGAGAUUGUUACAAACAUAUAUCAGUACGUCAAUAUGUUACGUGCUGAUGAACCACAAAAGUGGAUAUUUGACGAAGAACAGGCUUUAUGUAAAUUAAAUUUUCGCUUUAAAGACAAAGAACCACCGUAUGAUUAUGUAAUGGAGCUAGCUGGCAAUCUAUUGCGCUAUGAGUUGCAAGAUGUUCUCUCUGGUCCUUACUUGGCGAGCGAUUACAAUCCUGAGCUAAUAAAAGAGCUCAUAAAUUGUUUAACCCCAGACAAUUGUAGAGUCUUUGUAGUUAGUAAGACAUUUUCAGAAAAGUGUGUGGACGAAGAACCUUGGUAUUCAACUAAGUACCUUUGUACCGAUAUACCAGAAGCAACUUUGGAGCUAUGGCGAAGUAAUUCUAUGAAUCCUGAGCUAGCGUUCCCAGAGCCGAAUCCAUUCAUUGCUACAGAUUUUGACUUAGUGCUUAAACGUGCACCACCGUAUCUUGAAAUCCCAGAAUUAUUAAUAGAAACAGAAAUAACUCGUCUUUGGUAUUUUCCAGAUAAUGAAUUCAAUCUUCCCAAAGGUUUUAUUACAUUUCAUAUUAUCAGUCCGUUGACAUUCAUGGAUCCUCUGCAUACAUUGCUUUCUGCAUUGUAUGUGAACCUGUUUGAGGAUCAUAUCAGUGAAAUCACCUACUCGUGUAUGCUAGCUGGUAUGUCAGUCGAUAUGAAACGUACCAAUCAGGGCAUCAAGAUAUCCUUUUUAGGAUAUACGCAUAAAUUAAAGAAUCUGUUCAACAAGAUUUUGAUAGAACUUGUAAACUUUAUGAACCACGAAAAGAUCGUUUUGAGACCUUAUCAACAAACUGGUGUAUAUUUGACAAACAUUGUUUCUGAUCAUUCUUGGAUUAAUGAUGACUUUGUUGUAGCCUUUAAGGAUAUUACUUAUGAAGGGGUGAUCAAUUUUAUCAAACACUUCUACGGACGGAUUUUUAUUGAGGGUCUUAUCUAUGGAAAUAUCACCCAAGAGGAUGCUAUAGGAUAUCUGGAAAUGUUUCAGGAUUUACUAAUGAAGAAAAUGAAUUCUAAACCACUUCUGUCAUCACAAAUCACAAUGGCACGAGAAGUGAUCAUCCCUAAAGAUUCCAGCUAUCGUUAUCAGCGUUAUAUUUCUGGUCAACCGGCAUCUGCUAUUUACUAUUAUCUUCAAUGUGGUGACCAGUCAACGCAUAAUGACGCACUACUGAAUUUGUUUUGUCAAAUUGUGAGCGAACCUGCUUUCAAUAUUCUGCGAACGGAACAACAAUUAGGUUAUAUUGUACAUGCUGGAUCCAGAAGAUCUAACAAACUUCAGGGUUUUCGUAUUUUGGUGCAAUCACCCCAUCAUCCUAAUAAAGUUGAUAAAUCCAUUGAAGAAUUCCUACUUACUCUAAAUAAUUUGUUAGAAAAUAUGUCUGGUAAAGAAUUUGAUGUUCAUGUGCAGUCACUUUUAACGCAUUUACAAGAAAAACCUAAAGGUAUGCAAGAGCAAUUCUUACGUCUUUGGUCUGAAGUGGCUUGUAGACACUAUAAUUUUAAAAGACACUCACAUGAAGCGAACGCGCUUAAGUCGCUUACAAAGGAUGAUGUUAUCAACUUUUUCAAAAACCAUAUUGACCCAUCUUCGGUGACACGAAGAAAACUAACAGUUCAAGUGGUAUCCGAUGAAAAGCACAGCAUUAACGCGGAAUCUCAUAAUUUUGAUUCAAAAGUGGUGGAUUUAAAAGAUCAUACUGAUUUAAAACGCUCUUGUCCCUUGAGUGCUCUUGCAGCGCCAUUUAUGAUGUUCAAAUCUAAAGUUGAUGGAAACAUACUACGAUUUUGA